GUUUCGGGACGAAAGAAAUUAAAACCUUCGACUUAGCUGGCCAUUUUUCCCGCAGUAAGCAGGCUGCGAACAAACUGGUUUUGAUUCCCGCUUCGGUUUAGGCGGUAAAAUCUGCAAGCUUAUUCGUUUUGUUGCAAACCAAGCACCAAUCAAUAGCUGUAGGCGAUGCUAGUAAUAUUUGGGGGGUUUUGUCAGUUGGGUCAUCGACCAACCACUGAUACAGUAGAGAAACUCGAAAAGGUGACGGGUUAUUGAUUGGGGUUUGGCAAGCAGCAAUGCCAGUUGAUUCGUCAAUUAUAAAGCCUAUAAAUAAGGCGGUUGUUCAUAGAAUCUGUGCCGGGCAAGUGAUCCUCGACCUCUCAUCUGCAGUCAAGGAAUUAGUCGAAAACAGCUUGGAUGCUGGCGCGACUAGCAUUGAAAUUGCUUUGAAAGAUUAUGGCAAAGAAUGGUUCCAGGUCAUCGAUAAUGGGUGUGGUAUCUGUCCCAAUAAUUUUAAGGUUCUUGCACUUAAGCAUCACACCUCAAAAUUAUCAGAUUUUCCUGAUCUUCAGUCUCUAACCACAUUUGGCUUUAGAGGGGAGGCAUUGAGUUCCCUUUGUACUUUAGGGAGUUUGACAGUUGAAACAAGAACAAAGAAUGAGCCCAUUGCUACGCACUUGACUUUUGACCAUUCAGGUCUAUUAGUAGCUGAGAGGAAAACUGCACGUCAAAUUGGCACCACUGUCACUGUUAAAAAAAUAUUUUCCAAUCUACCUGUCCGAAGUAAAGAAUUUGGUCGUAACAUACGCAAGGAGUACGGAAAGUUAGUUUCACUGUUGAAUGCAUAUGCCCUUAUUGCCAAAGGUGUUCGUUUUAUCUGCACUAACACAACUGGGAAAAAUGCAAGGUCUGUGGUACUUAAGACCCAGGGAAGUGGUUCUCUUAAAGAUAACAUUGUAACAGUCUUUGGCAUGAACACUUUAAGCUGCUUAGAGCCUGUGACAUUGUGCAUAUCUGAUAGUUGCAAGGUUGAAGGUUUUCUUUCCAAGCCUGGACAGGGGAGUGGACGCCAUUUAGGAGAUAGGCAAUAUUUUUUUGUUAAUGGUAGACCAGUAGAUAUGCCUAAAGUCAGCAAACUUGUAAAUGAAGUGUAUAAAGGUGCAAAUUCACGGCAAUAUCCUAUUGCGAUUUUGGAUUUUACAGUUCCUUCUAGAGAAUAUGAUGUGAAUGUGACUCCUGAUAAGAGGAAGAUAUUUUUUUCUGAAGAAAGUUGCCUAUUGCAUGCCCUGAGAGAGGGAUUUCAGCAAAUUUACUCUCCUACUAGUGCUCGUUAUUCUGUUAAUGAACCUGAACAGCCUGCUGUGGGAGAAGACUGCGUUGAGUUGUGUUCUUCUCAUUGCAAGUCUCUUAUCAUGGAUGGCAUUACCUCUCAAGAGGAGCUUAAUACUGAAUGCAAUAAUGCUAGUGUUCCUCAGGAGGAGUGGAAAGAGAAGGAUGAUAACAAUUCCUACAUUGUUUCUGAACCUGUUCCUGAUGACCGAUGCUUUCAUGUUGAAGAACGGCUUGACAUUGAGAAUAAUAGAAGCGCAUUGGGAAAGGAUUUAACACUUAGAGCCCAUGGAACAUUAAAGGCCGAUAUAAGUAGAAGACAGACAAUGCACUCUAAUGGCUCAAUGCCUGAUCAAGCUGCUUUUGUGUUCAAAAAAGUUGACAAUGGGGUUACUUCAAAUAAAAGUUCAUAUAAUAAUUCAAGUCAUGUUCAGUCAACUCUUAACAAAUUUGUUACCAUAAAUAAAAGAAAGCAUGAUAACAUCAGCACAACCUUAUCUGAAGUGCCUGUCCUCAGAAAUCAAUCUCAUCAUUGUCGACCAAAAACUGUGAGUUCUGAAACACAUGAUUUGAUUAUAAGACCGUCACUCCAUCAUGACGGUACCCACAGAAGUGAGCAUUUAAUUUCCUCUCUUGGCAAUUCAAGUGUCAGAGAACCUGAAAUGGAGUUAGAUCAAGUGAAAGAAGCAUCUCUAGUUGAUGCAGCAUCAAUUGCUCCAUGUAGCACUGAUUUGAUCCAUAUCUCAGAGCAUGUUUCAGUCUCAGACCGUCAAUUUUGCUCAUCUAAUUCAAGGAAAUCGUCUGAUCAGAAGAUAUGCUCAAACUUGCAAUUUUCUUUUCAAGACCUUCAGAUAAAGAGAGAGAAGAAGCUUUUCAUGUUGCAAUCCAGUAAUUAUAGAUGUCAAAAAGUGAAUGUCAAAAGGUGCUAUUCUGCCGCAAACUUAAAGUUUUCAGAGCUGGAAAUUGAAGAGCAGAAAGAAAGAGCUUUAUAUGCUGCAACAACUGAAUUGGAAAGACUCUUUAAGAAGGAAGACUUCAGCAGAAUGAAGGUGAUCGGGCAAUUUAAUCUUGGUUUUAUCAUUGGGAAAUUGGAUCAGGAUUUAUUUAUUGUGGAUCAGCAUGCUGCUGAUGAGAAGUACAAUUAUGAACGCCUUUCACAAUCAACCAUCUUGAAUCAGCAGCCUUUGCUUAGGCCUCUAAGAUUGGAGUUAUCCCCUCAAGAAGAAAUAGUUGUUUCAAUGCAAAUGGACAUAAUCAGAAAGAAUGGCUUUACGUUGGAAGAGGAUCCAAAUGCUCUGCCUGGAUGCCGUUAUAAAUUAAAGGCUGUUCCCUUUAGUAGAAACAUAGUCUUUGGAAUUGAUGAUGUUAAGGAACUGAUUUCUACGUUGGCUGAUGAUCAAGGGGACUGCUCCAUUACUGGUAGUUAUAAGCUGGACACCUCAGAUUCUAUUUGCCCUCCAAGAGUUCGUGCAAUGCUGGCAUCGCGUGCAUGUCGAUCAUCCAUUAUGAUUGGAGAUCCACUUGGAAGAAAUGAAAUGCAGAAGAUUCUGGGGCAUUUGGCUGAGCUGAAAUCUCCAUGGAAUUGUCCCCAUGGCAGGCCUACAAUGCGUCAUUUAGUGGACUUGACAACAAUUUAUAAGAGGUCAGAAUUAAAGAAUGUAGAUUGAUUCACAAGGGACUUGUACAACCGCUACUCUUAUUUGCGGUUUAGAGAAUUAACCUAUUUUACAUUGUCAUCCUUCAUCUUAACCAUUGAACAAGUACUUUUGUACAUAAAAUUCGCUCUAAUUUAUUUGUAAGUUGCAUGAAGGAGAAUGUGAGUUACUUUAAAUCAAGACCAA